UAAUUCGAUCAAAACCCUAAUCCUCUCGGAGGUAGCCACUAUAUACAUAUACAGAGAGACGAAAGCUUUUCCCAAACUCCACUGCUCGGAGCUGUAGAAAUCAACCAAGACCCAUCCAAAUGGCACCAAAGAAGGACAAGGCUCCUCCACCGUCCUCGAAGCCCGCGAAGUCUGGCGGAGGCAAGCAGAAGAAGAAGAAAUGGAGCAAGGGAAAGCAAAAGGAGAAAGUUAACAACACGGUUCUUUUCGACCAGGCAACAUAUGACAAGCUUCUAAGUGAAGUUCCAAAGUACAAGCUUGUGACUCCUUCAAUCUUGUCUGAUAGGUUGAGGAUUAGUGGAUCGCUAGCACGUAGAGCUAUUAAGGAUUUGAUGGCAAGGGGUUCCAUUAGGAUGAUCUCGGCUCACGCUAGUCAACAGAUCUAUACCAGGGCCACAAACACUUGAUUGACAGAAAUAUUUUUUCCAGAUAGACGAGAUGAGAAGCUAAUUCUUGUUAUGUUUCUAGAUUAAAUAUUUCCGAUUUUGUUUUCUUCAAACAAACGCUCAGUUUUGAAAUCUUUUUGCUUUACUUUAACCAUUAGUUUAUUACAUACUUUCAAAUCUUUGUUGACAUUGUAUUGUUCUAGUAUUUCCUGGUCGGUAGAUCAUUACAAGUCUUUCGUUUUAUAUACAAUCCUGGAGCAUAAAAUAUUUAUUUUGAUAUGCUGUCAGGAUUCAUUUUAGUUAAUUAAUUUGAGCAAGAACAAUGUUCUUGAAGCAAAG